CAAGAGGAGUGCUCAUUGUAGAAAAAAUGUCCAGGGAAGGAAUGUAUUUAAUGCCAUUAUACCAAGCGGUGAUAUUUUAGAGAAACGCCAGGGUGUGUAUAUUGGUAUAUGUAUCAGGUUUACCUUGACACUUCUUUGUAAACUAAAAGUAGUAGUUAGUCGUGGACUGCACUAAUUCGUUGUUUGCCGACCGCUAACAAACCUCAGAAGAAAGAAAGAGGAAAGCCAUCUUCCCAAUGUGCCAGGUGGAUGAGGACUACCACGGUGACCUGGAGCGCGCGGAGGUCCCGAAUGUUUCCAAGAAAUGUGUCAAAUGCAAAGAGGCAAGUGCAGCUGUGGUGAUCAGAGCAGGAGAUGCAUACUGCAGGGGCUGUUUCAAGGAAUACUUCAUUCACAAGUUCAGAGCUAUGCUGGGCAAAAACAGGAUCAUUUUCCCUGGAGAGAAGGUUCUGCUGGCUGUAUCUGGAGGACCUUCCUCCUGUUCAAUGCUCAGUCAAGUCCAAAAGGGUUUGAGUCGGAAUGCUCACAAGAAGUUGAGAUUCAUACCUGGCAUCGUCUAUAUUGAUGAGGGUGGUGCUCUAGGUCAGUCUGUGGAAGAGCGAAUGAAGCUGGGGGCUGAGCUUCAGGCUAUGUUCAAAGCUACUGGUUUCCCCUUCUACAUUGUCCCUCUGGAACAGGUUCUGGACCUUCCCAGUUCAGUUGUGGUGAUGGCCCCAUCGUCCUCAGAGCAACCUGGCAGUGCCUACAAAUCAGCAGUAAAUGCCUUCAUUCAGAGUGACAGCAGCACCUGUUUGACACCACAGGACCAAGAGGACACAUCACUACCUGAGGUUCAGGAGUCCCACACACGGUCCCUGCAGCACCUCAUUGCCUCAGUGAAGACACUGACGGCCAGACAAGACCUGCUAAAUACACUAAGGCAGCAUCUGUUUGUGCACACAGCUCGUACUGAAGGCUACAGUAAGCUGAUGCUGGGAGACAGCUGCACUAGACUGGCUAUUAAACUGCUGACCAGUAUAUCACUGGGUAGAGGAGCACAGCUGGCUCAGGACACGGGUUUCUCAGAUUCCCGGUAUGGUGACAUAAUAUCAGUGAGGCCAAUGAGGGACUACUCAGCCAAAGAAAUAUCUUACUACAACCACAUGUUCAGUGUGCCUUCUGUGUUUAUACCAAGCCUGGACACUAAGACAACAGACAAGUCCAGCAUUCAGCGUCUGACAGAGACCUUUGUCACUAAACUGCAGGGAGACUUCCCUUCUACUGUCAGCACCAUCUAUAGGACCAGUGAAAAGCUGCAGACCGCGUGUAGGAGCUCAUCCACAGCUAACCACUGUGAAAGAUGUCUACUCUGUAUGUGUGCCCUGGACACAGCUGUUGAAAAUGCUUCAGCCUUCCAUGCCACAUUGAUCUCAGAGCAGUUCUCCCAGACUAAAGUUCCAGGUGCAACUAGGACUCAGAUCCCAAGACAAAACCCAGUGACGCCUGUAUUAACUCCCACUGGACAGCACUGUUCUUCUGAUGGAGAGGAGAACUGUGGGAGAAAAGAGGGUGGUGGAGGGUGCUGUUAUUCUGCCAAGCAACCACAGACAACCAAUCUGAAGACCUUGUUGUGUUACGGCUGUCAGAUGACCAUCAAAGACAUGUCAUCAGUGGAAUAUUUCCCUCAGUACAUCUUGUCAGAGGCUCAGAGGAGGAGAAGAAGGUCCCAGAUGAAAGAGGAGAUCACUGAGUUCUUGCUGGAUGAUGAUGAUGAUGAUGAUGAAGGCAAUUAGAGAGAAGAGACUGUGAAGAUCACAUGUUCACCUCCUGCAAACCACUGUGGAAAAAAUAUACAUCACAGUUAUGCUCAUUUCAAUCUGUAGGUAGUGGAGGACAUUUAACCUAAUUAAAUAUUUUGGCAUGUAUGUAUUUUUUGUUUUUUUACAGAAGCAACCCCCCCUCCCCUUAUUUUAAGCUGCUUUUGAAGCCAUUAAAGUGCAUUCUUAACUGUU